CUGCAGAUUAUCCAUGAACCUCCACCACCAAUAGUGGAAGAUAGUUCGGAUGAUGAAGAGGAUGGAACUCCGAAGAAGAAGUGGCCCACAGUCGACGCGUCCUACUAUGGAGGAAGAGGAGUUGGCGGCAUUAAAAGAAUGGAGGUUCGCUGGGGUGAGAGAGGUUCGACCGAGGAGGGUGCUAAACUGGAAAAGGCGAAGAACGCGAGGGUAAAGAUGCCUGAGCAAGAGUUUGAAGCUCCUCCUGCUCGCAUCCUAAAUAAUGGCAUGCGGAAACCUCCAGGUCCUCGUAAAUGGUACUCGCCCAUUAAGGGAAAACUGGAUGCAUUGUGGGUACUUCUGAAGAAAGGGUAUGACAGAGUGUCCAUCAUGCGACCACAACCUGGAGACAAGGGUCGCUGUAUGAACUUCACUCGCAUCAAGUCUAGUCUCCCUCCACGCUAUCCAUCCUACAACCACCAUUCUUCACCCGUCUACACCCCUCCAUGCACCCUCAGCCCACCCCCUCCUCAGGGCCAGCUGCCCCCUCCUCCACGCAGUCCACCCGCCUCCCUGUCCUCCGGCUUUCCUUCGGCGCCUUCUACGCCCCCACCUCACGCCAUCAACCCGUCUCCACCCAUCACUCCUCCUCCAUCCUAUUCUCCACCCCCUGUCUGGUCCUCGUCUCCUAACACUCUCUACUUUUCUCUGCCCACAUCUCUGCCCUCUCUUCCACCAUCUCCUCCUGCCUCCCUGCCCCCGCCUCCUCAAGCCCCACCUCCAGGAAGAGCUCCUCCUCCAGAUCGCCCACCUCCACGACCUUGUGUGUAAUGUAGCACAUUUGAGUGGACUACUACAAGGACUGGAAGUAAACAGGAAAUAUAAAUUUUCCAUAUCCUCCUCAAGAUUCCGUUGCUGUGUGGCCUAACGCAAUAAAACUCCAUACAAAGAUCACCUGUGGCAUCAAGGGCAUUUGCUUCUGUGAAAGAACAAUGAAAUGGAAUAUAAGCCACCAUGAAACUCUAUAGAGAGCAACACUCAGAAUCACACACCAGGCAUUGCAAAGAAACGGAAAAUUCACAUACGAGUUUCUCAGCAGACGCCAUUUGUGAGUUUAACCAAGCUUUGAGAAUGGAAGUGGCUGGUUCCAUUAAUGGAUUCGUGGAUGUUUCACAAUUGCAUGCACAUGGGACCAUCUCAUAAAGGAGAUUUCCACAAUAGAGGAAAGAUGAAACUUUUUGGGGACUUUCUCAUUCAGAGCAAUUGAGAA